AUAUAAUCACAGGUGCUCUCAGAUACGUAGUUUUACUUUCUGUGCUGGUGUAGCAAUUAGUGUCGUAUCCUUUGUGAUCCAAUAUUUAUAGACGCUGUAACGCUACAUUAGCAUUCUUAGAGACGCAAGAAAGAGAUUAUGGCUGCUGCUAAACCGUCACAUAGGUCUAGUAAACCACCGCCUAUUAAUGAAAUUCAAACACGUCCCCAAACUUUAAAUAGCAAGAAAGGCACUGUCGGUGAACGAGUACAACUUCAGGCCAAUUAUUUCAAGCUCAGUAGCCAACCUGAUUGGUGUAUCUACCAAUACAGAGUAGACAUUGCACCUGAACUAGAGCGAACUAGUGAUCGCAAAGCUUUAUUGAAGACACAUAAAUCUGCUUUAGGUGGAUAUAUUUUUGAUGGAACUGUUUUGUAUACUAGCAACCCACUUCCGCAGCCACUGGAGUUGAAUUCAAUAAGACCCCAAGAUAAAGCUGCUAUAAAUAUUCAAAUUCGCUUUGUUGGAGAUUUGGUCAAAGGUGAUUAUCAUUAUUCCCAGAUUUCUAGUAUGCUAGUUAGAAAAACUUUGGAUGAGAACUUAAAAUUACAGUUGGUUGGCAGGAAUUACUUUGAUGCUAAGAAUAAAGUACAACUUCCAGAAUUUAAGGUGGAGCUUUGGCCUGGAUAUAUAACAUCUAUAAGACAACACGAACAGAGUGUCUUAUUGUGUGCUGAAAUUUCUCACAAAGUAAUGCGCACUCAAACACUUUUGGAUAUCUUGAAAGAUCAUUACCAGGAGGAUAAAACAAACUAUCAGAAAAAAUUUAAAAAUGAAGUAUUAGGAUGCGUUAUACUUACGGUUUAUAAUAACCGUACUUACAAAGUGGAUGAUGUCGAUUUUGAGACAAAUCCAUCACGAUGUUUUAAACGCAAAGAUGGUAGUGAGAUUUCAUAUGCUGCUUAUUACACUGAAAAGUAUCAAAUUCAGAUAAAGGAUAUGAACCAACCUCUUUUAGUGUCAAAGUCUAAAAUGCGUGAUAGAAGAGCUGGCAAAGACGAAAUAGUAUUUUUGAUACCUGAAUUGUGCCGAAUCACCGGUUUGACGGACAAUAUGAUCAGACAACAGCGUCUGACAAAAGCACUAUCACAGUACACUAAACUUGGUCCGUCUGCUAGAAUAAAUAAAUUAAUGGAAUUCAACCGUCGUUUACAAACUAAACCUGAAGUUAUCCAAGACUUUAAAGAAUGGAAUUUUAAUAUAGACAAAACACUUGUACAGUUCCAAGGACGUCUUUUGCCACGAGAGAGAGUUCAAUUUUCCAAUAAAGCCGUAUUAACAGAUAAAAAUUGGAAUAACGCUCUUAGCAAUGAUCGACACUUCAGGACUGGAAAGCUGGACGAUUGGUUAGCGAUUGUUCCACAGAAGUUUGAUAAUAGCUUCAGAAAGAAGGAGGGUUUCCUUGCUGUCGUUCUUCAAGCUGCAACUCAAGUUGGUAUUCGUAUGGCCAUGCCAAAAAUAAUAAUUAUUCCAAAUGAUAGAAAUGAGACAUACCAAAAUGAAAUAUUAAAAUUGACAAGCAAAGCAAAACCUCAACUUAUUCUUUGCGUAGUCCCAAAUAACCAAGCAUUGAGAUACUCCAUGAUUAAAAAGAUAUUGUGCAUUGACAGACCAAUACCAAGUCAAAUAGUUCUUGCUAAAACGUUAACUGUACAGAAUCUACGUUCAAUUGGAUGUAGGAUCGCUACGCAAUUAAAUUGUAAGGUAGGUGGAAUACCGUGGACGAUUCGUCUUUGGGAUUUGAUACCGGGACUGAUGGUUGUUGGAUAUGACGUCUGUCAUGAUAAAAGAGCACACGCAUCUUUUGGUGCUAUGGUUGCUUCUGUGGACGAACACUUUGGCAAUUAUUUUUCUACAGUCAGCCAACACAAUUCGGGUGAAGAACUUUCCAACGACUUGUCUAUACAACUUGUGCAAGCAUUUCGCGAAUUUGCCAGAAGAAAUGGUAAUAAACUACCAUCUAAGAUAAUUAUCUACCGUGAUGGUGUUGGAGAAGGUCAGAUACCAUUUGUCUAUGACCAUGAAGUAAAGGCAAUUAAAAAUAAGCUAGCUAGCAUUUAUAAAAAUGGUAGAUAUGAGCUUGCUUUUAUUAUUGUUACUAAGCGUAUUCAUACUAGAUUCUUUUCAAACAAUGGAAAUCCAAAAUCUGGUACCAUAGUAGAUGACGUAAUCACGGAUCCGUUAAAAUAUGAUUUUUUCAUUAUAUCACAAAAUGUCGUAGAAGGAACUGUUACUCCAACAGCGUACAAUGUAAUUGAAGAUAGUUCCAGACUUUCCCCAGAUAAGAUUCAAAUGAUGACUUAUAAAUUGUGUCAUAUGUACUUUCACUUAAGUGACCCUAUAAGAGUACCAGCUCCUUGUCAAUACGCACAUAGGUUAGCAUUUUUUGCUUCUCAAACUUUGCGGCAAUCUGCCCACGCAGACCUAAAAAAUACUUUAUACUUCAUGUAA